CUAUCUGGGCUUCACCGCAGAUUGCCACACCUGUCCAGGUCUCCAGCCAUCAGGAAGGGGGCUUGGCACAUGCUGCCCAAAUAUAGACUCACUUCGACCAGUUGGCAGCGGGCCAGGGGUGAGGCCGGUUGCGAUCUACCAGCUGGACCAGCACACUGGUAUAAGAAGGCCCUGCUCGGCCUCCACGAGCUGUCGUUUCUGGCCACCACUUCAUCAAAGUUCUACAACACUGUCUGGCGUCACCGUCAAGCACAUCUGAGUUCCAAGGUUACCUCGUCUCACUUCAUCACAGGCAUUCACACCAAAGUACAUACCUACAGCACCCUCGAAUUAGUUACCAUGACGUCCCCCCAGGAUCCACACACCAAGCUCUACUCGCACAUCAAUGGUCAGGCCUCAGAUCUUCUCGACCGUUACGCCGUCUCGGAGCUUUGCAAAGGCUGGCCGGUUUAUCGUGACGCCUCAGAAUGGCAAAACUACCGCGAUCUCUUCACAGCGGAGGGCGCCUACGUCUGGACCACUUGGUCUGGCCCACGCACGGUAGAUGAGUUCAUCUCCAUCUCCAAAGCCGGCAAGGAGAAGGACGUCUUUAUCAUGCAUCGCGAGUGUGGUACCCUCGUCGAGCUUGGCAAAGACAAGACUCGGGCAAUAGGCAAGAUGAAGGCCACCAUCACCCACCGCUUCAAGUUUUCCCCUCAACACAGCAACGGAACUCACGCUGCUUCCAACGGCUCCAACGGUACUACCGGCACUCAUCCGCAUGACGCUGCAAAAGCCGAGGGCGAGUACGAGUUUGACGUUGACUGCGACUGCCGCUUCAUUUUUUUCGUCGAGAAGAACGCGUCGACCAACAACGAGUGGAAGACGCGGUAUGUGAAGCUCUUUUAUGAGAAGGACAAGGUUGUAACGGUAGACGGGUUCACGGCGCCGAGGUUCAGCAAGGCAGAGCUUGAGAGGAUACCAAAGGGGUAUAAAUACUUGGGAGCUGCGCAGGCGAGGCUGGGAUACGAAAUCGACUUGGACUUGCCCACUGCGUCAGGGGAACUCUGGGACCGCAUGUAUGGCGAGAUGGAGAAGUGGCUGGAUGGGGGAAAGGUCGACUUGUUUUGGGAAGGGAAACAAUAAGCAAUGAUUGGAAAGGGUCGCUCGGAGGAUAUUGGCUGGUGAUACGCAUUAUACCCGUUUGGUUCGGGGGAUGUCUUUCCAUUUCUGUUCUUGUUCAUGGCGCAUCUUUCUGGUCAGAUCCGGUUCAGCAUUAGGUAGUUGACGCCAAUGGUAGGUGACAAGAUGUAAAGUAAUAGACUUUCUCAUGGCCGCAUGGUAGCU